AAAUAUCUGUUUUCCCUCCAAAAACCCUACACACGACAGUUGAUUUCCCUCCAUUUCCCAAAACCCUAACCUCAAUUUCUUCUCUCAUUUUUUUAAGAAAGAUUCUUCUCUCAUUUGAAAUCCUUCAUUUUUGUUCUUAGAUGUGUGCCGUAAUGAGCUCUAGUGGGGGCGACAAUGUCGGUAAUAAGCCUACGAAAAUGCACUCACUUGUUGAUGACGACUCUGAUAGCGAAACCCAGUGCUUUGAUAGCCAUACUUCGAGCCCAGCAUUUUCCGGUGGAGAAGUUGAAGUUGGGAACGGCGGUGAGUCAUUACAAGAUACUAUGCCUCUUGAUAAUUAUUUGACGUUCGAAGAUGCAUUCGAAACCCAAGUAUUAGAUCUUGCUGAUGAAACCCAAGUCUUGGAUUUUGGUGGAGAAACUCAAGACGUGAAUCUCUGUGGUGAAACUCAAGACGUCAAUCUCUGCGGUGAAACUCAAGCUUUGGAUGAUGUCAAUUGGGGCGAGUAUAUGGAUACCCAAUUAUUAGAUGUGUUUGAUGAUUUGGAGGUUAGAAAGAGUGAUGGUGAAGAAACUGACAGCACUGAAGUUUUGGGUGAUAAUGAUGAUGUAUUUGUCAAAGAAAAUGGUGCUCAAUCAGUAGAUAAGGGAAAGGGUCAAUGCUCUUCUGUAAGCAAUUAUAGCGAGAAAGAACCAAUUGAGCAGCCCAAAGCUUCAUGCAAUGAACAUAGCAAUUCAGGAUCUUGGUCAAUGCGAUUUACCUCAAUUCGUGCAGCAUCUUUGCGGGCCUCUGGAAUGGCAGCUCGCUAUUCUUUAAAGGGUCCCCCCAGUUUCUCGCCUUCUAUUCCAAAUGGUGAUCCAUCCUUAAAGAAUGAUGUCCCUGAUAAUGCAAUUUUCACAAUGAAAUCUGGAAAUAAUGGUCAUCUAGAGCAGGAUCUUGGGAGAAGCAGUGAGGUGGUAAAUGGAUCAAGCAUGUGCAGAGCUGGAAAUUUGACAGCAAGAAAACUUUUUACUGAGAACUUGGAUUGUGAAAACGAGGAUCUUCCUUGUGAUACGAGUAUAGCUGAUGGAGAAGAUUUGGUACAGGCGCCUGCUUGUGAUCAGGCAGGUUUGAGCUAUGUUGAGUCUCAGGAACCUGGAGAACUAUCACAAGCAAAUGCGCUUGAUUUUGUGGAUAGAUUUCUUAAAGAGAAUGAUGAAGAGUUUGAUAAAGAAGUUUACCAUGGAAAUAGUAUUGGGGGAAAAUCAAAACUUGUUUCAAGUGUAAAAGGGCCACAAAUGUUGGCGAAGAAAGCUAAUUUUAAAAGCAUGGUUGAUGAAUUUAACAUUUAUGAUUGGGAUGAUAAUCGUGAAGAUGAAGGAGGAGGUGACAUUCUCUGCAGAAGAAAGGAAGAUUUCUUUGGUAGAGGAAGCCUUGGAAGGAGACCCUUAAAGUCUAGAGUUAUCAGAUCGGAAGAGCAGAAGGAUACUAAAAAGCUGUUGAAUGGAAACAAUAAAAGAAUGGAUGGGUGUAAUUCUGAUUCGAAAUUGAUAUCGCACAAUCUUAAUUUCGAUGAUAAGUCGUUGUUUGAUUCUGAAAGGACCUUUAAAAGGAAUCUCAUCAAUGAAUUGGAUGAACAGUCCAAUGUUGACUUUAAGGACAAACAGGUGGAAAAUAAUGCUACUAAGACAGAUGUGCCAGAGAUGUUUGAUGUAGGUGUUGAUACUCAAAUGGCCGUUGAAGCCAUGGAAGCCUUAUUUUGUGGCGAGGACAAUGCAAAUUUCGAUAUUAACGAUGAUUGUCAAGGUGUCAAAAAUAGUAUCAGUUGCAGAGCUCAGAAACGAUCGUCAAGAAAAAGAUCGUAUGUUAAUGAUGCAGGGUUUGCUACAAAGCAGUUGAAGAAAACUAAGAGCAUUGGUGCUGACAUAAGUAAUGUGUCAUCACUUUCCUCUGCAAAACAGUAUAAGAAUGUGAGAAAGCUGAGCAAGACAGAACCGAGUAUAAAAAAAUUAAAGAGAGCCAAAGAAAAUGAAAAACUUCUUAACAGUAACAGGAGCAAAAAUAUGCAAGAAAAGGUUCUUAGUUCAGGACCCAUCGCACAUCGAACUAGACGAUCAAUGGGAGCAAGUAAUCAUGAUGAAAAUGUUGAGAAAGAGUCCUUUGAGAGAAGAGGCGAGAUUAACAUUUUGACGGAGGCUGUUGCUGCCGAUGAGAAAAGUAAUAAAGCCAGAGGCCUUCAGACUUCUAAAGGGUUGACUUUGGGAAAUGCUCAGUGCAGUAAAAUUGAAAGUAGCAAACCAAACCUACAUGAAGAAUUUGCAAAUAUGGCAUCUUUUACUAAUGAAAACAAGAUUGGUGCUAUAAGCUUUCCCAAAGCAAGAAGAUCUAGUCGAAUUUUAUCACGUCAGAUUAAUAACACUGAUAAUGCUGAUGAUCUACCUGUGCCAUCGGUACAGCCAGAAGUCUUACAGACUGCCAAUGGUAGUGGGCACACAACACUUGAUGAUUUUGCAAAUGUAGGAGCUAUUACCAGUAGCAACAAGAUUGGUGCAUUAAGUUUUCCCAAAGCAAGAAGAUCUAUUCGAAUUUCGUCACUUCAGGUUAAUAAUACUGAUAAUGUUGCUGAUGCACCUGUACCAUCUGUUCAGUCAGAAGUCUUACAGAUUAGCACUGGGAGUGGGCAUACAAGGUCACGCAGGCAAACACGAUCAUCUAUAUGCGGUCAUCCACUUAUGUCUUCUGUAGAGCAUGAUGCGGAAGGAAAAUUGCCGCAGAAAAGAUUACAAGUAUUUUGCAGCAAUGCUGAAAGCGAUGAAAGGGAUGCCAGGUUGGCUGAAACACCCAGAGAGAAACUUAAACCAUCUGACUCAUCAUGUAUUACUCCACUUAACUGUAAAAUACCUAUAAGUGACGUGUCACCUAUCUGUAUGGGUAAUGAAUACAUUGACAAAUCAAGUAAGACAAGCCUCUCAAGACCAUCUCUUUUAAAAGAAAUCCGUAGUUUAAGUGCCGCCGGACCUCAAGCAACUAGUGUGUCAAAAGUAUUACGAAAGAGGAGAGAAAUAAACGAUGUUCGAGUCCUAUACAGUCAUCACUUGGAUGAUGAUAUAAUUAAACAGCAAAAGAAGAUAUUAGCUCGUCUUGGAGUAUCCGUAGCAUCCUCCAUUACAGAUGCAACACACUUCAUCGCUGAUCAGUUUGUGCGCACAAGGAAUAUGUUAGAGGCUAUUGCUUUUGGCAAACCAGUGGUGACAUCUUUAUGGAUUGACAGCUGCGGUCAAGCCAAGUGUUUCUUGGAUGAGAAAAAGUACAUUCUAAGAGAUUCCAAAAAAGAAAAGGAAAUUGGCUUUAGCAUGCCAGCUUCGUUAGCAUGUGCAGCUCAGCAUCCAAUAUUACAGGGCUUGAGAGUCUUGGUUACCCCAAACACAAAGCCUGGAGUAGAAAUUAUUUCAAAUCUGGUGAAGGCAGUUCAGGGCCAGGCUGUUGAGAGAAUCGGCAGGUCUGCGAUGAAGGAUGGUGCCUUUCCAGAUGAUCUGUUAGUUCUAUCUUGUGAAGAAGAUUAUGCAAUUUGUGUGCCUUUUCUUGAAAAAGGAGCAACAAUUUACAGUUCAGAGCUGCUAUUGAAUGGAAUUGUCACUCAGAAGUUGGAGUACGAAAGGUACAGGCUGUUCACAGAUCAUGUCAAGAAAACUCGUUCUACAUUAUGGCUGAGGAAAGAGGGCAGCAAGUUCCUUCCCGUGAAUAAAACCAAAGCAAGUUCAAUGUUGUUUUUUUAGGUCUAUGCUCUCUUUCUGAGUGCAUAUAUUGUAUAUGAUUUGUUGAAAUGCCUUGAAUAUCUUUUUUUCAUCUUUGUUGUAAAAAUGGGUUUAUGUAUAAAUAAAAAAAUUGUUUUUUUUCC